AUGGUGAAAGACCUGCAGGAGCUCACCCAGACCACCCAAUCAUCUGACAUGGUAUCUGGCACCUUCCAGCUCACCACUGGACAGGUUUCUGAGAAAAGGAUCUGGUCUGUUGCUUGUUUAUUUUUAUUUAACCUUUAUUUAACCAGGAAGGGCUCAUUGAGAUUUGAAAUCUAUUUUCCAAGAGCGUCCUGGCCAAGAUAGGCACCACCAAUUCAUUACACAAUUACAGACAGACAACAUGAAAAAUUACAAGUAAUCUAGUAAAAACCAUAGAAAUCACAGGAGUAUAACGAAAUCAUAAAACAGCAAAUUAAAAACAUUGACAGGUCAAGGAAUCAGCCUCAAAAUCCUUCAUCAAUGAUUUAAAAACACCAAUCGGGACAAGUUAUUCCAGUUUAAAACAAUUUUCUAAGGCGUUCCAAGCCGAUGGCGCAGAGUACAUAAAAGCCCUUUUACCAAAUUCAGUUCGGACAUUUGGAACAGUUAGCAGGAUAAAGUCCUGCGAACGAAGAGAGUACCCACCACAUUUCUGAAGAAUAAAAAUGGGCAAAUAAAAUGGUAGUAAACCCAAAAUGGCUUUGUAAAUAAAAGUAUACUAGUGAUUGAGCCUACGAGUGACUAGAGAAGGCCAGCCAACACUCGUAUAUAAAGUGCAGUGGUUGUAACAUCUAUCACAGUCCGCAAUGUAAGAUUAAGGAUUUCCUCUGAAAAUAUUUGCAAAGAUCAGACAACACCUUAAUACCUAAAAUCAAGUCCUCAGAAAAGAUCUGAACAACCACUAAUCCCUUGGGAUCCAUGCUGGAGGAUAUUGGCACGGUCCGCUGUAGGAGUGCUGACAGCCAAAAUAAAUUAAAGCCCUCUUCUUCAGGCUCCUCCAUCUCUCCAACACCUACUUCAAAAUCAAGACAGUCAGAAUGGGACUUUACCUUACCCGGUACUCCCAUCCCCACUGAGUUGCCUGCUCAGAGUGACUGCCCCAUUGUAAGAAAUACGAUCAUUUGAGGACUUGUUUCACACAGAGGACUUACUUCCCGCACCCUUUUUGGACAAUGUCAGGCAAGCUGCUGGGGUGAUAGGGGACAAGAUGGUGGAGAACACACAGGAAGAUGGACAGGUUGCUUCUCAUCCUGACGACCUCCGAUCUGCAGUUAGGAAAUUGAGAAGAAGAAUUUCCACUGGGACAAUCCACAUUUUUCAG